GUUUAGUGCAUCCACUCUUCGGCAGCAAUGGAUGCUUUACACACUAAUGCUGAGAGCUAUCAUGACCAACUUCAAUGGGUGCAAAAGGAAACCCGGAAGAAAAUUUGCUUUUCAUCAUCACGUGCCACGUGGCGCGUGGGCUACACAUGCUUAGGAGAAGAAUGCGCCGAUCAAACCGCACAAAACUCGCGACGAUAUUUCCGAUUGUUAGUUUGAAUGUUCUUCUCAAAUGUUCCGUAAUUUUGCACUCUUCCAAGCUAUCGUUGCGGUGUUUUGUCAAUUAGUUUUCCUGGAAUGUUGUCCUCUCAUUUGGUUUCUGAGUUUUGGGUCGUUUAAUUCAGAAUUGAUUUUGGUUACUUGAAGAAGUUUCAGAAAGAGAGAAGGGGAAAGAAAUAGGAUGAGUUCUUAUUGUGCUUCUUCAGCUACUGUCGCAGUGGAGAAGGCGACCAGCGAGCUUCUUGUGAUCCCCGAUUGGACCAUGAACAUCGAAAUUUGUGAUUUCAUCAAUUCUAAUCGUUGGCUGCCAAGAGAUGUUAUAAAAGCUUUAAGGAGGAGAUUGCAACAUAGGAGCUCUAGAGUUCAAUUACUAGCUCUCACGCUGCUGGAGACAAUGGUAAAGAACUGUGGUGAUUUGGUGCACCUUCAAAUUGCUGUGGGGAACAUACUGGUGGAGAUGAUCAAAAUCAUAAAGAAGAAGGAAAGUAUGCAAGUGAGAGAUAAAAUCCUAAUAUUGCUGGACUCAUGGCAAGAGGCAUUCGGGGGACCAGGUGGUAAACAUCCUCAGUACUAUCGGGCAUGUAAGGAGUUAAAGCAAUCUGGAGUAGUUUUUCCGAAGCGUGUACCGGAUGCAGCUGCAAUAUAUUUUCCUCCUUCUAGCCAUCCAAGUUCAAGAAAUAUGGCAGCUGGAUAUUGGAUGGCAGGCAAUUCAUCAAAAACACUGGAUGAAACUAUGGCAACAGAGAUAGAAAGUUUAAGUAUGUCAAGCUUGGAUUCCAUGCGAUAUGUUUUGGAUCUUUUGAGUGACAUGUUGCAGGCUGUGAAUCCUAAUGAUCGUGCAGCUGUAAAAGACGAAGUAAUUGUUGAUCUUGUUGAUCGCUGUCGCACAAAUCAGAAAAAGUUGAUGCAGAUGCUAACAACAACUGGGGACGAGGAGCUUCUUGGAAAAGGCUUGGAAUUAAAUGAUAGUAUUCAAAGUUUGCUUGCAAGGCAUGAUGCAAUUGCUUCUGGUACUCCCUUCCCAAUUCAAGGGGAAAGUUCCAACACUGUGCCAAAUGAAGCUCAAUGUACUGUAGAUCAAUCCAAUAUAAAUAGCUCCAGCCCUGGAGAGUCUUCUUCAACACCUAAAGCUACCACUCCAGCUAUAGUGAUUUCUGAAACUAGGAGCCAGACUGAUGAUGAGGAAGAUGAAUUUGCACAGCUACUUCCAAGGCCUUCUAAGGCACAGCCAACGACUUCAAAAGAUGCUACAACUGUUCCAAACCCCUCAACCUCUGUCCCAUCCAACGCAUUAGUUCUUUCCGACCCACCUACCUCAGUUAGUACUGAAAAUGAUCAGGACAUUAUUGAUUUACUGAGUAUCACUUUGUCCAUCUCGCCAUCACCAGAGACAACAUACUCACCAUCAGCCUCUAGCCAAGCCAUGCAUCAGAUACCUGUUCAGUCCAGAACAGAAGGGUUUUCUCAUGCUUCCCAAACAUAUCUGGAAAAUUUAUCGUACAACAGCUACGUUGUCCCUUGGGCUCAAAAUCAAUCUAAGUCAGAAUUUGAAACCUUGCCUCAACAACAAACAUUUCAAUCCCAAUCUCAAACCCCAUCCCCACCCUCAUCUCGACCUACAUAUUAUGAAGUCCAACAACAGGAGCAAUUGCAACCACAAACCCUGCCACAAUCACAACAUGUGUUUCAACAACCUCAACAUCAUCAAUAUAGCCCUCAUCAACAACAUUUGCAAUCUCCUAGUGAACCGCAACCACUACAGUAUCAGCCUCAAACCGUGAACGGCCAUCAGCCUCAGCCACAGCAACAAUUUCAGAAUCAACAUCUUCAGUACCCUUCAAGAUAUCCUCUCCCGCAAUGGGCACCUACACCUGGAUAUGCGAACUAUCAAAAUCACUCGCCUGCUACAAAUGUGAUUUCAACACAAGCCAAUACAACAGCAUCUUAUUCUUCUGCUCCAGGGGUAAGGCCCGUGCUACACAAUAAUUCAUUCGGUGGAACUCCUGCGAGUGCAACUGGACAAAAGCUUUUUGUUCCAUCUUACAGGUUAUUUGAAGAUUUGAAUGUUCUCGGAAACACAAAUGGAAAGGUUAAGAUGGGACCUGGUAUGGUUGGGGGUCGUAGGUGAAAAAAUGGGACUAGCAGUUUUGUUUGCAGCUUAUGGAAGUUCUACAUUGAUACAAGGGACUAUUCCUAUUUUAUGAAAUAACAGACCAUAAGUAUUGUUUGCAGCUUAUGGAAUUUCUACAAGUGACUAUUCCUAUUUUAUGAAUAACAGACCAUGAGUACUGUUUGCAGCUUAUGGAAGUUCUAGAUUGAUACAAGUGACUAUUCCUAUUUUAUGAAUAACAGACCCUAAAUAUUGUUUGCAGCUUAUGGAAGUUCUAGAUUGAUACAAGUGAAUGUUCCUAUUUUAUGAAUAACAGACGAUAAGACGACAGAUUUU